AACUGCAGAGAAGGGAACGUAGAUCCAGAAAAGACGCCGUCUGAUCGCUUUGAUGCACCAGUCGAUGGAUGUGCUCCUCUCUUUUAGGGUUUUAGUUUUUACCCUCUUGACGACAAUCAUAAAUACCUCCUAAACCCCAUCACAUAACCCUGAACCUCGCCUCUUCACAAUCUCCUCUCUUCUCUCCAUUUCGCUUCCUCACCCAGCGGCCAGCCCAGCCAUGGCCACGACGGUGGCAGCAGCGAUAGCUCGAGCCAUCACCUCGUCUCGCUGCUCAACAUCCUCUCACUUGCUCUGCAAACGCUUAUUUUCUUCUCCCACUUCUAUUUCUGGAGCCCCUCCCUUGCCUGGCUUUCUCCGGGGAAGGCGUCCUUCGGUGUUGCUUUCUCACUCAGUCCGAGUUAUUUCCCCCGGCGCGGUUCGGUUGAACCCUAUUAGAUGCAGGGUAAAUCGAUCUGGUGAUUCGGCGUAUUCGCCGCUGAACUCGGGUUCAAACUUCAGCGAUAGGCCGCCAACGGAGAUGGCACCGUUGUUCCCUGGCUGCGACUACGAGCACUGGCUCAUCGUUAUGGAUAAGCCCGGUGGUGAGGGUGCCACGAAGCAGCAGAUGAUCGACUGCUACAUCCAAACCCUAGCCAAGGUCGUUGGAAGUGAAGAGGAAGCAAAGAAGAAGAUAUACAACGUCUCAUGCGAUAGAUAUUUUGGUUUCGGAUGUGAGAUUGAUGAGGAAACAUCAAAUAAACUUGAAGGUCUUCCUGGCGUACUUUUUGUGCUCCCUGAUUCUUACGUCGAUGCAGAGAACAAGGAUUACGGAGCUGAACUGUUUGUGAACGGAGAGAUCGUGCAAAGAUCCCCGGAGAGACAGAGAAGGGUGGAGCCAGUGCCCCAGAGAGCUCAAGACAGACCCAGAUACAAUGAUAGAACCAGAUAUGUGAGGCGUAGGGAAAACCAACGCUAAAUGCAUAUAGUUAUAUUGUAUGGGUAGCACGUGGGCAGGAAAACGAAAUUGAUCCACGCAUGACUUCAUCUGCAUCAUCUCAUUGGCCAUCUGAGCUUUAUUGAUAUUACAGCGCAGGGGACUAUGAUGUAUCAAAGUAGAAUUUGCUUUGCAUAUAAUGGUGUAGAUUUCUUUGUAUUGACAAACGAAGCUUUGUGCUGCUCAUUAUGAUAUGAUGUAUUAUAACGAUUAUGGGUUUGCUGCUUUUGAUUUGAAGUCAAUUAACAUUAUUUGGUUCAAAGCAAA